UGUGACCUUCUUAAUUUGGUAAUUUCUCGAAUUUAGUGGAAGUGACGAUGAACGGGUGGACGCGUCUGUAAAUUACGCGUCCAUCUGCUCACCAAGCAGAUUCGUCAUUUCAUUGCAAUCCACAGUUCACAGUCCUGGCAUAUAAAAUCAGUGCUCAAAAUGAUAUCCUCCAUAAUCUCAUCUCUUUCUCAUUCAAUUCACAAUGUUGGUAUUCGCUACUCCCUACCGCUCUGUCGACCCUUAUGCUACACGCCAACGUGCAUGGGCUCGCCAUCAGCAGCAGCUCAGGAAUCAAUCCAUCCAAAAUGCUCUUUAUGCCCAACAGUAUCCAAACCAGCAGAGCAUUCACCAGCUGCGCAGUAUAAAUGGCCUGCUUAACCGUAUACUAGACCGCGAUGAUUAUCUCCAUACCCCCGAGCCGUACUACGGCUACAGCACAAAUGACCUUGCUGAGUUCGAGUACGAGCUUGCACUCUCCAGAGCUACUCGCAACGCUGCAAUCCAGCAGCUCCAUCGCGACCACAACCCAGCUAUCCGAGGCUGGUGUGCUGCUUCCCAGGCUCAACGCAAGAAGCAAGAAAGGGAGCGAGAACUCCACGCCCGCCGUCGCGCUAUAGAGGCUAAUGGCUUCCUCGCACAUGCCGAACCAUACCUCAGUGGAUAUUUGCCUUGUGGCCUGCCUGUGGAUGCUGAACUUCCUACUCAGGCCACAGCUUCCACCUCAAAGGCCCCUGUCCAGAACCAGCCAUGCCUCCAGGAAAGGCUUGAUGGUCGUAUGUCACAGUUACAAUCGAUAUUUGACAGUCUCUCUGGAGGCACUUCAACCGAAGCUCCUGUCCAAUGUGUUCCAGUCACAUCCACUACCCCUACGUCCACGCAGGUCAAUGUCAACGAAGAGCCAACCACCUCCUCAUACGAGGGGAAAGGAAAGGCCAAGGAGAUUCCUGACUCCGACGAAAGCCUCAAGGACAGACUCGAGGAUCGUCUCAUGGACCAGUUCCAGUCUGAAUUAAGCAAUACCUUCCGGUCAAUCCUUACUAGUCUGUCCGAAGGCACGUCGACAGACACUCCAGGCGUUCCAGUAACAUUUGCUGCCCCUACCUCUACGCAAGUUAAUGUCGACGAAGAGCGCACUACCUCGUCACGCACGAGAAAGGGAAAAGUCAAAGAGACGCCUGACUCUGAUGCCGAAGAAGAGUCGUCUGCGUCUCCAGCCCAGGUCGCAUCUUCCCUCUCCCAAAUCACUUCGAUCUUAUCCCGCCUGGAGACGCUCCUUGUUGACUUCCAGUUCCCCGCUGAGCUCGAUUUCUCUCCUUCGCGUUCGCCGUCCCCAGGUUACUCAGCUCUUGACACCGAUGAUACAUUUGCGUUGACAUACACCGCGACGAAUGCACCUCUCCGCGCUCAGGAACAUGCGCUGUCGUUGCUCCUCGGAGACUUGGACAACAUCCCCAGCUUUGGAUCACACGCAGUGAGAGACGCAAGGCGCGCAGUUGUGGCACGCGUAGAGCAAGCGCUGGAAGAACUUGAGAAAGGUGUGGAAGAGCGAAGGGGUCGUGCUCGCGCCAGGAAGGCAGACCCUGUCACUGUUACCGUGCCUGUCGAGCAGCCCUCGGAGCCGGAGAAUCUGACCUCUGCGGAUCUCGCGCCCAUCAAGGUCCCCGUUAUAGACGAAGCUCCUACCAACGGCUUUGUUCCUGCACUUCAAGUCGAAGCAAUUGUCGAGCCUGUAGUGCUUGACGCUAUCAUAGAAGCACCUACUGGUUCCAUCGGGAUCGCAACUGCAUCUGUGGCGGAGCCGAGCUCUACUUCUGCUUCUCUUCCCACAGCAUCCUCUGAGGUUUCCGAGACGUUGACAGCUCAGCAGGUUUCGGUCCCGCAGAAAGAAGAGUCCGAGGAGCCGCUUGUCGAUGCAGUCGGCACCGCCGCUGUCUCUGAGGACCCAACAAGUGAGGACGCAGUAAUCAUCGAGGCCACUAACCUACCCACCAAUGCGGACCUCAUACAACCAUCAUCCCCAUCCGCAACGCGUCUAACGCCACCUCCACUUGAUACGUCCGAUUCACAUUCCCAAAACACACUCGGUGUCUCUCCUGCCGAUUUUGAGACUUUAACCCAUGCGGACGCUGAUAUUCCCGCGGAAGUGGUAGAUACCACAGAUGAGCCGGCAUCGCUUGUACCGGCGGCGGCGGCGUCUUCGUUCUUGGGAUCUGAUCAUGAGCAGACGCCUUCGGAGGUGAACGUGCUAGAGUCUUAUUCGAGCGUGGAAUUGGCCGCACCUUCGUCUCCCGUCAGUGAGACAGAAGUAGAUACGUUCCUGCUUCUCUGAGCGCCAGUAGAUCGUGGACUAUAUGUGUCGGAUUCCUUGACUCUGUUUUCUCUAAGUUUCACUUAUGUUUUGGCACGUCUUAUACUUUGUUCAUAUUCAUUCAUAAUUAUUUAAUUACUGUACUCCAGUAUGUAUAAUGAGUGUACUAACCCAAUACAUCUAUGUUAUACAAAAU